UUCCCUCAUACAUAAUCCGGAGAUACUACUAAGACCCCAACAGAAAUUAAGCUCCGGCCGGAGGUGGAGAAAGGGGAGAGGAGGAGGAAUAACCAUGAACGUGGUUUUGGAUUCUCCUCUUGAAGCUCUCCCAUUAAAUUACGUAAGUUUUGGGAUUUUAGCGUUUGUUAUUAAUCUAUGGCCGUUGGUUGCGGUUAUCACGGCGGCGUUGAGCUUUUGGAGAAUCAGAGCUGCUGCUGGAAUUAGUAACCCUGUGAAGAAGCUCGUAUGCGAGGACCACGACACGUCUUCACCACCACCUCCACCAUCUUGUGUUGGCCACGUCGAGGAGUUGUCAGCGGUGAAAGAGGAGCCGUUAACUUCGUGGUCAUGGCCGGGGCCGGAUGUUACUUUUCCGUUGGAAUGCUGUGACGGAGUGACAAAAGGGAGGAAGUUCGUUUUGUACUACGAGGAUGAUGAGGGAGAUAUGAUGGCGGCGGAGGAAGAGGAGGACGAAUGCAGUGACCAAAGUGGCAACGGUGGUACUGAAGAGUGGUGGGGGAGUUGGGAGGGAGUGUUGACGACGGGAACAGGGGAAAUGGAGUGGUACCGAUACCAGGACUUGACGGUGAUUAACGGCAACGUUGUUAGGUUAUGGGGGAAGUGCGGCGGAGGGAUUCUUGGGGAAGGUGCAGCCCAGGAAUUGGAUGUGUUGUAUUGUACUAGUUGGGAUUCUUAGACUUUUUUGUUUAAUAAUUAGCUGCCAUAAUUAUGCAUCCUCUUCUUGCUUAAAAAUUUGAGAUUUUGUGAAAGUAGAGGAAGGUUGUGAAGAUGUACAUGAAAUUAUCCGGUGGGAUGGAACUACCUCUUGAAGUCGAAUCGUAUAUGCUGGAUAAAAUUAUGGGGUUUGA